AUUCAUUUACAGUUUUUACAGCGUCGAUUUUCUCUUUUUCCGUGCCGUUCGGUGCCGUGUUCGUCUGGACUCGGUACGGGAGUGAACGCUCGGAGGUGUCAGCGUUUGGUUUGGGUCGUGAAGGCAGUUUCGCAGCUCGCUCCCCUCUUUCCGUCUUUGUUGACGUGAGACGUUUUGUUGUUCUGGCUUUUUGCGCAAUAAAUGGCCCGUCUAUUUAACUCGGAUUCACGACAUUGUCGCUGCCUCCGGUGUCGUGUGUGACAUAAUGGCGACCGAAUGAAGACGCUCGUGCCUGUUUUGGUCGAGGCGACGUAUAUAUUUUUUAUUUUUUUGUUUCCCUUUCUAAUCACCGCUUUUGACGAAGUUGAACAAAAUGUUCAAAGUUUAGCGAUUAAAAAAUAUUGUACACCGUCCGUUUUUGUUUUUCGUUCGCUUUUGACGACUUAUUUCGGGGGUUUUCAACUUGUUUUCGAUAUUCUCUCAUUAUCGCUCUUCUUAGCAUUGAAUGAAUGGGCUUUUAGUACGCAUGCGCGCUGGUUCUGAAAGUUUAUAAACAAGACAAGUCACAUGACAAGAGCCUUAUCUCUCCAGGACAUCAUGGUGUGGGAGGUGGUAACUCCAGCCGUGCUGUCAAGCGAGCCCAAAUACCACGCCAUGCAGGAGGUCCAGCUGAGAGACCAGCACACAGGAAUGACAGUGGAUAAAGACCAGUCACAUGACCCGCUGCACUGUCACCAACACUUCCCCUCCUCCCCCGGCGUCCCCACCAGCGAUUCUUACAUGGAAUACGACGACCUGCCGGAUCUACAGGAGGUCCCAGAAGAACCUGCAGCUCCGCCCGUUUUUACGGUGGAGGUCGGCGUGUCGCACCAGGAGCGGCCCGGCUCCCACCCUCCAGAGACGCUGUGGCUCACUCAGCUGGCACACAUCGCCACGGGACCGCAGAGCCCGCUGCUGCAGGAGCCUCCUGGCAGCAGUCCCUCCUCCGCCUGCAUCCCGAGCACCAGCAGCGAUCUGCACUCCUACGCCCGGCCCCCUCCUGCCCUGCAGAGCGACGCCACGUCGCCCUCUAGAGCUCACGGCAGGGAGCGCAGGCGCAGCAGGACGAGCAGCGAGUGCAGCUCUGCCGUGUCCGCCUGGUCCUCUCUGUCUGACGAUGAAGACAUGGGCUGGAGUUUCUCCUGGCCGCCCACCGCCUGGCAUUGUUUCCUCAGAGGAAGUCGACUGCGUUUUCACAGCGGCGUGAACGUGGAGUGGCAGGACGUGGAGGACCUGGAGUCUGCAGAGCGAGCUCAUGCCGACGAAGAGCUGUCCAACUUCCUUAAGAGUUACGGCUCUGAAGGCCUGCAGCUGAUGGAGCACGCAGAGAUGGUGCUAUCGGGUCAGACCGUGCUCCAGCUGACCUUUGACCCCGGCGUCUUUGGCCACACCCCCGUGACUGUGCGCUGCCCCCUGGAUCACCCUUUCUACGUCAAAAGCAAAGGGUGGUCGUCUUUCUACCCGAGCUUGACCGUGGUGCAUCAUGGGAUUCCGUGCUAUGAAAUAGAAGUGGGAGACACGUGUCUACCUCCUGGACACCGAGACGGCAAACAAGCGGGGGAUUCGCUGGUCUUUGACACCUUUAAGAGUUACGACUUCACUCCUCUGGACUCGUCUGCGGUCUAUGUGUUGAGCAGUAUGGCCAGACGGCGGCGGGCCUCCCAGUCCAGCGGCGGAGCCGUUUCUCCUGACAGAGGCGCGUCACACGACGUUCACAGUCGAAGCCAUUCCCGCUCCAGUCAUCCAAAAGCAGCCAAAAACCAGCCUGUCAGGGCGCAGGGUGGCAGCAACGCCCCGCCCACUAAGUGCAAGCGACCAAUGAACGCCUUCAUGCUUUUUGCCAAGAGGUUCCGCGUAGAAUACACACAAAUGUACCCGGGCAAAGACAACAGAGCCAUCAGCGUCCUCCUCGGUGAGAGGUGGAAGAAGAUGCGAAGUGAGGAGCGCCGCGUCUUCACGCUCCAGGCCAAGGCGCUGGCAGAGGAGCAGAAGAGGCUGAACCCGGACUGCUGGAAACGCAAACGAACCAACUCUCAGGGCUGUCAAGGAAACUGAAGUCUCUGAGCUGACACUCAGCAGCUCUAGUCCCUGAAGGAGUCUGGCAGAGGAGAACCGUUCUGUUACAUCUCCAGGAAGACCGAGCGUCUCUGAAACCGAGACUUCCCUUCGUCUCACCUGAGGUGCUGCUGGGCGUUUUCAAACCCUGCACAGGAUCACUUCCCAACAGUUUUCCAGCAAUGUGACAGGAAAAACAAAAAAAGAGAUUCUGAUUCUUCUCAGCUUCUCUUCUUAUGCUUGAAUCAGGUGGAGGUUGUGGUGCUGUAGCCAAAGUAGCCAUUUUCGCUCAAUCGUUUCUGUUAAAGACGUUUAAAUUUAUUUUCUUUCCUUGUGUUUGAGUUCAGUGUUAUUGCACACUAAUAUAUACACUUUAACUUUGCUUUUGUGUAAUUGCUCUAGUAGCAUGCAGUUACUAAACCCGUGGUGUAUGAUAUAAACUUGGGCCUUUGGUUUUGUUCACCCUAACUAAAAAGCUGCUGGCGUUUUUCACAUUAAAGGUACAGCUCCCCGGUUUUCCUGAAACAAAAGCAACAUUUCUGUUUACAAUCAGUGUUACUCUUCAAGUCAGUUUAGAUAAGAAGUUUCCAAACUGUUGCUUAAGUGUGGGCUAGCACGUGGUGUAAAACCGGCCUUGAAAACGAGCAUGUGCUUUUAUUUUGAAAUGGAAUUCCUACAAGGAGAUAAGACUCUCUGUGCCAUAUUUUUCUGAGCAGAGCUGCAUUAAAAAAACCCGACAUCUGCUAGCCAACACUGUUCCUCGAUGACACAAACAGGAUGUUUGGCCCCACCCACGUUUUUUUAUAUUUGGUGAAAGAAACUCUCCAAAGUUGGCAAAGAUCAUCUGUAGGAGUCAGAAUUGGUCACAACAUAGGAACCAAACCUUUACGUGAUUGGUGGAAGCCUGUGGCCGUAACCAAUGAGUGUCUGAGGAAAAAUAUAUUUUUAAAAAGUCUUUUAAAGAGUUUUUGUUCCAAUAGAGGCAUUUAAGUAGCAAUAAAUAUCAUGUUUUUAAAUUUAUAUAAAUAAUUAUGUGGAUUUUUAAAAAUAAUGGGAAGGUUGGAUCCCAGUCAUCACUAGUUACCUUAUGGAAGCUGUCUUUAGGUGCAAAGACCUCCUCCAGAGUUUAUACACACAACCAGACUCAUUAUAGGAUUUACUUAAAAAGAGGAGCCUAAUUACUUUGAUAUAUAUUUCAUUCACAGUGAUUUGAUGUGAUAUCGGGUGCAUGCAGACUCAUCGACCUUCAGCCGGUGAGCGUAAAGGGCGAGCACUCAUAUUCUCACAAUGUAAUAAGAUUUAUUCUUAAUGCACUAUAUACACUUUAUCUUCUGUGACUGCUACAGUAUGACGUGUAAUGACAGAUAUUAAUAUGAUCAUGUAGAAAUAUAUAUAUUUUUGGUUUCAUCUUUGGUCGUGGUGUUGCUUUGAAUUCUUGUCUAUAAAGUUGUACAGGUCAAUCGGGUUAGACUAUGCUAAUGUGUAUUACAAGGAAAAAUAAAUAACAAAUGAUUAGAGUGUAUCUGCAUGUGUGUUGUAUUUUUGAUCACACUAAUUGAUUUUCUUUAAAAUACUUAAAAAACACAGAUUAAAGAACAGAAGGUUUUUGUAGUUUUACUCGUUCAUAAAGGUGUACCACAAGGCUCUGUUCUAUGUCCUUUGUUAUUUACUUCAGCACAGCUUUUAUACUCCAAAUUCAGCAUUUAACUUGGAGCCGAUACUACAGUUGUGUAUUAUUAUGUUACUAUUCAUACAAAAACUUUACUGCUAAUAAAGGAAAAAUGUAAAUGUUCAA